AUGGCAAUUCCAUUAGCGGGAAAGGUCGUGGCUCUGUUAGGCGCCGGUUCCCAAGGGAGGAGGCUUGCAUACAUGGUAUCCGCAGUGAAGCCUAAUACACUUCCCAUCUCCACUAACGUCGAAACCCAGCUUCGGGAAAGUGAGAAAUUCAUCGAAAAACUUCGAUCUGGGCCGCAGCGAUCCGGCGUUACACCGGGAAAGAUCAAGACGUAUACGCUGGACAUGUUGCGCGUCGAGCUCGAGGAGACAUGGCUGAUUGUCGAUUGCGUCCCAGAGAAAGUAGAACUCAAGCGACGAGUAAUCACGCAGCUGGACGAAGUGGCUCCGGAAGAUACCAUCAUUGCGUCCAAUUCGAGUAGCUACACCAUAUCUGAGAUGAUACGCAGUUUGAGCCUGUCAAAUGAACGGCGAAUUCUGAAUGCUCACAGUUAUUGGCCACCCGAAACUCCUGAAAUCAUGGGCCAUGGUAGAACCGAGCCCGCCUCCAUUUCUCUCCUUAUCCAGCAGUGCCGGGAACAUGGGUUCAGCCCAUUCCAUGUGAAGCAAGAUUCAAUGGGUUACAUAUACAAACAGUCUCGAACGUCAACUCACGAAGACAGAAUCUGGGCGGCAAUCAAAAGGGAAGCUCUUCUCACGGCCGCAGAGGGCGUCGCAACUCCAACAGAAAUAGAUGAGAUAUUCAAGGACGUGCUGAAAACCGACAAGGGACCAUUUGAGCAGAUGGACGUGGUGGGCCUCGAUGUGGUGCUAAAUAUCGAGGAGCACUAUGCAGCGAAGCGCUCAGAUAUCCCUUCAGAGACACGGCAAUACCUUCAGCACCUGAUCAACGACGGUCGUUUAGGCGUAAAGGGAGGACGGGGGUUUUAUGACUACGGCGGUCUUUUGUCGGGCAAGCCUAGAUAUAGAUAA